AUGUCAAACUCCAAAGCACCAGAAUUAUCCCCACCCUCUUCUGAUCUACCACCAUCAUUUGAAGAGUCGGUAUCCGCUGAUCCGCCUAUAUUCAAGACGCAGUUUGCCUGUAUGACAUUCAAUAUGUACGACCGAAUUCGUCUUAUAAACUUUACCCAAAUAGAGGUUCAAGCGGUUAAACAAGUCGUCAAGUCUCGCUGGAAGCCAGGCCUAGCUCAAACGCGUCCUUACGGUGAAUCUACAGAGAUCUGGGUGCGUGGAAGACCAUGGGCAUAUGAUUCCAAUGGGAAAGAUGAUGCGAGGCGACUCAUACUUUGGAUACUAGAGGUCUUGUUCGAUCUUGGGUGGGUCAUGCAGUGUUCGUUGGAUAUCACCAGAAAGUCUGAAAGCAAAGAUUCUCUCAUCUUUCGGAAACAAUAUCCCGUUCCACCACCAUGUGACUGGAUUUGUGUCUCCUUUGAUAACAGCGACAAGUUGAAGAUCGUUGACUCACCACCGAAAGAUCUGACAGACGCCAUCCUGCAAACCUUUGGCCGCGAGGUACGAAGACGUGAGAUUACACCAGAGAGGUUCAAAGUUCAUAUAGGUGUUCAGCCAUGGGAACCAUCGGGAACGGAUACUGUGAAGACGAGAUUGAUGUUGCUCAAGCUGGUUGAAACACUUGAGAGGUGCGGGUUUACGAUUUAUGCCACGAUUGGAAGCAAAGGAGAGGAUGAUGAAGGUGCAGCGGAUUUGUUAGUUUGUCAGAGGGCGAAAGAUUGGGUUCCUGGGGCGCCUAUUUGGCAUAGAUAG